CUUUCAUCAUUGAAUAAUUUUAUAAUAUUCUUUUUUUAUGUUCAUUUAUAGUAUGGUUCAGUUAUGUUUCAGCUAAGCUCCGCCCCUAGAAGUUAUUGUAUGUUGAAAUUCUAAUAAAGGUUUUAUCGUACGAGUCUGCUUGGAAGUGUGGCUAGGGCCAAAGAAAAGGGCACACAACAUGGCGCAAAAACACCACAUGAUCGGAGAUGUACAAGUACCUGUCGAGGCUAUCCGCACAGUGUCUUAUAACAGAAGCCAUUCCAUCUCUUCUAAAACCACGCAAAGUGAUGUGGGAAUUCAACAUCAUCUUCGCCAUAAGAAUACUUGUGUUGUCUAUCUGAAGACAACGUUUUGAACUUAGUACCCGAAAUAAUCAGAUUACGGUGAUAAAACAAGGCAAACGUGGACGGUCUGUUUGCCCCAGUUUAAACAGAUUGGUUCAGGUCAGGUAGGCUGACAGUUAAAAUUCGCAGGGUGAGAACAUAGGACGUGGACUAUCUACGUCUGACGGCGAAGUUACGCUGCAAUAGUGCUUACCCAGGACAAAUCAGAACCUGCUGCAGAUAUGAGCAAACGAGACAUGAGCGUCGGAACCGACUUUGAUUUCGAUACCAGUCAUUUUGAAGAGUCCUAUACUCCACCUAAGAAGAAAAAGUCGGAGUACCCGUAUAUUCCUAAAGGAACUCCUCUGCAACUUCCACCAUGUCGCGUCUGUAGCGGGAAAGCGUCAGGGAUACAUUACGGCGUCAACAGUUGUGAGGCAUGCAAGGGUUUCUUCAGGCGAUAUCUUCUUCGAAAAGAGCCGUAUAAGUGCAAUCAUGGCGGGAAUUGUGAAAUAACGGAUCGUCACCGGGGCAACUGUUCAGCGUGUCGGAUGAGGAAGUGUCUGGAUUUAGGAAUGUCAAAAGAAGGAAUUCGACAGGGAAGAUACACUCUCACUGAGAGAACAAAGGCCAUCAUGGAAGUAAAACGUUUACAGAACCCAGAAUUGGACUUCGACCAAAAAGCCUUCGAUAUGGUCAGUGCAGCUGUAUCUCAGAAAAAUGCGGAGAGGGCUCAGAGAUUGUCUGUUGAAGAUCCACUGUCUUGCAUUCUGAUUCCAACUUCUCCGGACUGCAAUAGACAGCAAGCGCUGUCUGAUAUCUCGGAUGACCGAUCGCUGGCAGACCGACUGUUGGAUUUUUCUGGCUUCAAUACGCACAAUGUUUCGGACGAACUUACUGAUCUGCUUAAUCCGGACUAUUUCUUUAGUGAGGAAAUGGAGAUUCCCAGUUCGGUGAACAUGCUGUCGUUGGACUCUAGUCCCUGUUCUAAUGCUUCACCGGAAGUAGAGAUUCAACUUGAUUUAUAUGACAACGUUAUAGAUAACUUAGUGGGAGCAUUAAAUGACAUGCUUCCACAUUCCAGUCAGUUUACGGACGAAGAAAUCUAUGCCAUCCUAAAAGAAGGUUACGACAAAUAUCACUUGAAAGCUCAAGUUUUUGGUCCUUUGAAUGCUCUAUCCCCCGAUGAAUACAACUCAGUAUAUGAAAAGACGAAAAUAGACGUAGAUGGAAGAAAGCAGCAUUUACAAUUCAACAAAGGAACAUUAGAAAAGAUGAUAAAGAAAUACGUCGAUUUUUCACACACCAUUCCAUGCUUUUCAGAUCUUCCUGCGCAAGACCAGGCAACACUGCUAAAAGCAUCUAGAUUCGAGUUUUUCAUGCUUUUGGAGUAUCGGUCCCUCAAUCCCGACCUUGAAAUGAUUCAGACCUAUUCUGGGGAGGUAUUUCACUUGAACGAAGCAUGCAUAUAUGUACCUCGAGAAAUGAUGAAAUCGUGGCUUGAGUUUACGCGCACCAUCAGGAAACUAGAAUUGACCAAUAAGGAACUAGCCGUGACGCUUGCCGUGGCCCUGACCUUCAGGGACCGCUGUAGGUUAGAGCAGCCAUCUUUCCUUGAGCAAAUUCAAGAUAACUUGGUGCGCAUGCUCUGUUACCUAUUGGAGGAUCACCAUGGAGACGAAUUCAUGAUGACAUUUUCACGAAUUAUUAGCAUGUUGACAGGCCUGCGAGGCCUGACAGAGAAUUACUUACUGCAGUUCAAGACAAUUUGUUCAGACAAGUUCAUCAAGCGAGAAAUGCCCGAACUUCUUGGUUUUCUUUUUGAUGAAUGACUUGAUCGAAGCACACUGUCCAAACCUGAUCGCGUGGAGGAAAUUCAAGAUGGAAUGAUUGCCAUGCUGAUUCGUCUAUUUGAGCAGCGUCUUAAAAGUGAAUCCAAACGACGGUUUUGUCAAAUCAUAGACAUGUUUA